AUGGUAAAUUUAUUAAAUUCGUUGCAAGAUAAGCUCAGAAAAGAAAGAACAAAUGAUAAAUUAAUUUUAAAACAAUGUAAUUUUGAUAUAAUUGAAAAUUUUGAAGAUACUUCUAGUGAUGAAAAAGUAAAUUCUAUAGAAAAUAAAGAUUAUAAAAUAAGUUUUAAUGAAGAAACUGAAAAUAAAAUACAUAAUUACAAAAUAAGUUUUAAUGAAGAAAAUGAAAAUAAAAUACAUAAUUACAAAAUAAGUAAUAAGGAACAUAUUAAUUUAGGUAGUUUAAAAAAUGAACAUAACAUUGGUUUUCCUUUAGCUUUACACAGAACGAAAUUAAAUUUACAAAAAAAUAAUGUAAAUGAAAAAUUAGACUUAAAAAAAAUAUAUGAAACUAAUUUAUUGAAAAAGGAUAGUAAUAAGGGAUAUGAUAAAUCAAGUAUUUAUAAUGAGUUAAAUUCAGAUAACAAUGAAAAUAAUAAUAGGCAUAAUAAAAAAGGAAAUUUGCAAGAAAAUAAAAUAAAAGAGAAGGAUGAAAUAAAUGAUUCAAAAAAAAAAUAUAAUCUAACAUUCCAAUUAAAUAAAAAUGAAGUAGCUAAACUUCAAUGGACAAAUCCAGUAAAUGAUGACGAAAUAAGAGAAAUAAAAAACUUAAGUGAAAUAAAAUUACAUGAAAUACGUUUCGAUUUUUUAGGAAAAUUAAGAAUACAAAUAAAUGAAAAUUUAAUUAAUAAAAAAAAAAAAAAAAAAAUUUAUGAUAAUUUUGAUGGAUUAUAUCAUCAUAAUGAUGAACCACUUAAUAGUGGUUACACAUUUCCAGAAAUUUUAUAUUUAUGCCAAAGUUCAUAUAAUAAUCAAAUAUGUAUAUCAUUAAAAAUUCUUAAAAAUAUAUUUAUAAAUUUACAUUUAAAAAUAAUUAUUAUUAGCAAAAAUUUUGAACAUCUUUUAAAUAAUGUAAAAGACAAAUACUGUUAUGGAUUUACAUUUAGGAGAUUUUUUAAUUUUUUAAAUAAUGAUUUAAAAAUAUUUAAAAAGUUAUUCAUAAUAUUCAAUUAUCAUUGCAAUGUAAAUGUUGAAAUAAAUUGCCUUCAUUCAUUCGCAAGUUAUUUAUAUCCUAAUAAUGUUUUAGAAUUAGUACAAAAUGUAAUAUACGAUCAGGAUAAUGAUUCAAAAAAAUUUAAUUAUUUAAAUGAUUAUGAAUUUUUUUCUUACUGUGAUUUUUUUAGUGAUAAUCUAUUUCUUUUUGAAGAUUACAAUAUAUAUUUUUAUUCUAUCAAAAAACAAAAAAAUUCUCAAAAUAAUUUUUCUAAUUACAAUAAAAGUAAUGAAGGAGAAACAGCAUAUAAUAAUGAUAUAGAAAAAGAAAAAGAAAAUGAAAAAGAUGAAAAAGAUGAAGAAGAUGAACAAGAUGAACAAGAUAAAGAAGAUGAAGAAGAUGAAGAAGAUGAAGAAGAUGAAGAAUAUGAAGAAGACAAAGAAGAUGAAGAAGAUAAGGAAGAUGAAGAAAAAACAGGAAAUGAAAAAAUUAAAAAAAAAGAAGAUAAUGAAAAUAAUUAUUUUAAUAUAAAUAAAAAUAAUUUGACGAAUUUUAAUGAUGAAAAAUUAAAUUAUUCAUAUUUUUUUAAUAAAUAUAAAGAAAAUGAAUUGAUAUUAAAAUAUGAAAAAGAUGAAAAAAUAAUAAAAAAGUGUAAAAAAGUUACAAAAAACACAAACGGAACAAAUGGAACAAAUGGAACAAAAGAAAAUAAAGUGAAUAAAGAACAAAAUAAUAAAAGUAUAUUCAUGAAUCAUGAGUUAAUAACUAUUUUUGAAUAUAUAAAUAAAGCUAAAUAUGAUUUUUUAAAAAUAAGAAAUAUAAAUUUUAAAAUGAUUAGUUUAUGCCAUUCAAAAAAAUACUAUUAUAAAAAAAUUCUUAAUAAUGUAUCAAAAAUUUUAUCAAAUAAUUUUGGUAAUAUUGAGAUAGAAAAUAGUUGUAUAUGUUUUUUAAUAGGAUUAUUAUUUAAAAAAAAACAAAAAAUAAAUAUAUUGAAAAAUAAAAAACUGAUAAAAAAUUUAGAAAAAAUAUAUGAUUCUAAGAUAACUGGUAGUAAACUAAACAAUGAAAGAUUAAAAAAAGCAAGCGAAGAAAACAUAGAUAAAAAUUACUGUGAUACAAAUUUCACAUACAAUUUAAUUACACUAAUUAGAUAUAUUAUUAUUUAUAACUAUGAGAAAGAUAUUUUAAAAAAAUUCGAUGUAUUGUCUUUUUUACUAUUUUAUAGAACCCUACCAUUUAGCAAAGAGAAGAAAAAUAAGGAAACAUAUUUUUUUUUAGCUACCGAGUCAUUGAAAAUAUUUAGAAUUUUAGUUUACUGCAAUUUAUAUAUAGAAUCAGUGGAUUAUUUUCAUGAUUUAAUUAAUGAAAUUCAUGAAAGAAAUAUGAAAAACUCCUUAAUUUGUAAAAGAUUUUUAUGUCAAGUAUAUUUAUAUAUUUCUGCACAUAAUACAAUAUAUACUAAUAUUGAGUUAUCUGGUUUUUUAUAUAUGAAUAAAGUUAUUAAAACUUUAGAAAUUCAACUACAUAAUAAUUUUCAUAUAAGUGAUGAUGAUAAGAAUGAAAUAAGCAUUCUUAAUAUGAAAAAUAAUAAUACUUGUUAUUAUACUGAUGGAAUUAAAUGCAAUAUGAAAAGAGGAAAGGAAGAUUUAUUAAAUAUAGAAACGGAAAUAAAAAUAGAGAAAACAAAGAAGAAAUAUGAUUUUAAUUAUCUGUGUGAUUUAGAACUAAUAAAUCAAUGUUGUAUUUAUUUUUAUUCUGUUUUUUUAUAUAUUAAAAAAAAAGGUAAUAAGCAAUGUAUAAGUAAUGAUCAAAUAAACAAAAUAAUGAGAAUUAUAGAAAAAUUAUCACAAGUAAUUACAGAAGAAUUUAAUGAUUUCUUAAGUGAAUAUAAAAAUGGCAAUAAUAGCAACUUAAUUAUAAGUAUAAUAAAUCAAUUAAAAGAUUGUCCUUUUCCUUUUAAUUAUAUCAUUUAUGAAAAUAAUAUUGAUUUACAUCUCUUUUUUAUUAUUUAUAUACAAAUUCUAAAUAUAAUUUUAAAUAUAUAUUUUUUUUAUGAGCAAAUUGAAAAAAUUAGAAUAGAAUCUAUUGAAAACAUUUAUAUUCAAUUUGAUAGAGAUACUUUAAAAUAUUUUAAAAGUGAUAUUUUUGAAGUAGAAAAUAUUUUAGAUUCUUAUAAUAUUUUCUUGCCAUUAUCAUAUUUGUUUUAUAAUUUAUUUAAAAUUAAUAAUAAUGAUAUCAAAAAUGUAGAGUUACUAUUUUAUUCGUUAUGCUAUUGUUCCUCUCUUUCUCUCAGUUGUUUUUGCUUAAAAGAGAAUUUUACCCAAUUAUAUAAUACCACUAGUAGUAAUAAUAGAAUAUAUAAUAAUAACUUUUUAAAUAAUUCUGAGCACAAUGUUAGUAUUAUGGAUGAUCUGAAAAAUUUUAACAUAAAUGAUGAGUUUCACAGAGUUAAAGAAUAUACUUAUAACACAAACAAUUUUAAUAAUAAUAAUAAUAAUAAUAAUAAUAAUAAUAGUAAUAAUGUUUAUAUGGAAAUUUAUGAUGAAAAUAAUAAAUUAAUAAAUGAAACUGAGAGUAAAUAUGAUAAUAUUGACAAUAAUAUAUAUAUAUUGUUAUUUUUACAAAAAUAUUUAAAAGGUAAAUUUUUAAUUUAUCAUAGCAAAAAAAAUAUUUUUAUAUUACUUUUGAAAAAUGUUUUUAAAGAAUGUAAAAGAAAAAUAGAUAAUGUAAUAAAAGAAGAUGAACUAAUAAUAAGUAAAGUUUUAAAAUUAUUUUUAAAUAAUUAUAUUAUUGACUUUUUUUCAAAAAAUAUGAAAGUAUCUAUGUUUGUUAAAAUAUUCAUUCAAAUUUUUAUUGUGAACUGUUCUAAAUUAAUUGGAGAUUAUUUAAUGGAAAAAAAAAAUAUAUAUUCUGAUUUAGUAAAUAUAGCAGAAUUAUAUAUAUUUAACAAAUUAAAUUAUUUAAAUACCAAUAAAAAUGAUAGUUUAUAUAAAGAAAAAAAAACAGAUUUAGAAAAAAUACAAAAUAUCAUUGAUGAAUUUGUAAGGAAAGAAAUUCAAGAAAAAAAAUACCCUUUUGAAAAUAUAUUAGACAACUUUGAAAAAAACAAAAAAAAUAUAAAUAUAUAUAUGAUACCAAAAAAGUUAGAAAUUAGCAAAAAUUUAGCUAUAAUAAUAUAUGAGAAAAUUAUAGAAUCUUUUAAAAUGGCUAAUUUUUGUAACCCUUUAUUUCUAUCUAUUUUACUUUUUUUUUCUUCAUCUUUUUUUCCUUUGGAAUGCAGUAAUUUAUUAUUCAAUGAUAUUGAUUUAAUAAAAAUCUUAUGUAAAAAUAUAUAUAUUCAUUUUUAUGAUAAUCUAAAUUAUAUCAUAUUUACUAAAUCUACUUAUUAUGGAAAAGAAGAAAACAACUAUAUAAUUGAUAUCACAAAUUUAUUCCCUUCUCUUUCUUCAUUUAUAUUAGAUACUACUGAAAUUAAAUUAAAUGAUAAUUUAAAAAAUUAUUUUCAAACUAUUCAAUUAGAACAUUCUCAUAUUAGUUUUCUAUAUUUCAUAUUAUAUGUCAAAAAUAAGUUUAAUUAA